CGCGCCGCGCCUCUGCUUGAAGCCGCCGGAGCCGCUCCGCCAGCCGCCGCAGCCGGGGCGGUCGGGCCGCCAGGUGCAGGCCCUGCCGGACACGCCGCUGAGGAGGUGCCAGGCCGCGCUCCGUACACAGGUGAAGCAGGAGCUGUAGAAGGAAGAAAGAUCCUGUGGCUCGCAAUCAUGCCAUUCCCCUUUGGCAAGUCCCACAAGUCUCCUGCAGACAUAGUGAAGAACCUGAAAGAAAGUAUGGCAGUUCUAGAAAAGCAAGACAUCUCUGACAAAAAGGCAGAAAAGGCCACUGAGGAAGUCUCAAAAAACCUUGUAGCCAUGAAAGAGAUCUUGUAUGGCACAAAUGAAAAAGAACCACAGACAGAAGCUGUGGCACAGCUAGCUCAAGAGCUGUACAACAGUGGUCUUCUUAGUACCCUAGUAGCCGACUUGCAACUAAUUGAUUUUGAGGGCAAAAAAGAUGUUGCGCAAAUCUUCAACAACAUCCUCAGAAGGCAAAUUGGUACAAGAACUCCCACAGUUGAAUACAUCUGCACUCAACAGAAUAUAUUGUUCAUGCUAUUAAAAGGGUACGAGUCUCCAGAAAUUGCUCUAAAUUGUGGAAUAAUGCUUAGAGAAUGCAUCAGGCAUGAGCCACUUGCUAAAAUAAUCUUGUGGUCAGAACAGUUCUACGAUUUCUUCAGAUACGUGGAAAUGUCAACAUUUGACAUUGCUUCAGAUGCAUUUGCCACAUUCAAGGAUUUGCUUACAAGACACAAGUUGCUAAGUGCAGAAUUUUUGGAACAACAUUACGAUAGGUUCUUCAGUGAAUAUGAGAAGUUGCUUCAUUCAGAGAACUACGUGACGAAGAGGCAGUCACUUAAGCUCCUUGGUGAAUUGUUGCUGGACAGGCACAACUUCACAAUUAUGACAAAGUACAUCAGUAAACCUGAAAAUCUCAAACUCAUGAUGAACCUUCUACGAGACAAGAGUCGUAACAUUCAAUUUGAGGCCUUUCAUGUGUUUAAGGUGUUUGUAGCCAAUCCUAACAAGACACAGCCUAUAUUAGACAUCCUUCUAAAGAAUCAGACCAAACUUAUUGAGUUCCUCAGCAAGUUUCAGAAUGACAGGACCGAGGAUGAACAAUUUAAUGAUGAGAAGACCUAUUUAGUUAAACAGAUCAGGGAUUUGAAGAGACCAGCACAGCAAGAAGCUUAACCUCCAAUAAACCCUUAAAAUAUUAAACCCAAAUUCAGCAUUUGCUGUUAGAUAUUCAGCAUCAGGCACUCUUACCGAUUCAUGAGGAACAUUACUGCUAAUCUGCUGUUCAGUGAACGGUUUUUGUUUUUCUCUUUUCUUUUUUAGUCCAAGUUGAAAAACAUAGCUGCUGCUUUCUUGCACAAUGUGGACUUUCUUGAUAUUUGUGUCAUUUCAGAAUUCAAAGACACUGCUUGUUUUAGGAGUCCUGAAAAGAAAGAUUCUAGGUUCGUGAAAGCAAACAUAUAGAUACUAGUUUGGUUUAGGAGAGAAGGUAUUAAUGUAGUUAAGUAACAGGUUGCAUGCUUGCAAAUCUGAAUAAAUCUGUAUGUUUGCACUUACCUUGUUUGAGAUACGAGCACAAUGUGACCUGUGCAUACCUGGCACCAUAGUAUAAGAUUAUAUGCCUUGAUUUAAAAAAAAACAAAAAUGUGCAGUGCUUUAUUUGUAAUCAAAGGGGAAAUGUAUCUAAGAUGUGAGCUUAUUGGGAUAAAGUUGUCUUGCAAAUAAACAUAUUGAAACUUAGCAACUUUUAAAAGAGUGAAAUCUCCAGGUUCAUAAGGAAAAUGUAUAUAUGCCUUUCACUGCUUUAUAGAACGUUUUGUUUUGUUUUUUUUUGACAUGAUUUGGUUUUUCUGAGAAUUGACUUGUAAACUUGGAAAUAUGUUCUGAGGGGUUUUGUUAAUUUUACUUCAAAGGUAUUUCAGACAGUAGACCUAGCAGUGACAUUUUGCAUUUCAUUUCAACAAUGCUUGCUGGUUUCUUUUGUAUAUAACUCCUAGGCUGCUCAUUUCUUUAAAAUAUGAUUUAAUUUGUACAGCAGAGGAAUGUUAUUGUAUUAGUCUGUAACUAUUACCUAAUAUUGAGUUUUACAAAAUGAAUGCUCAUAUGUAAUUGAAUACUUAAGAUCACAUGGAAAUGCUGAUUUAACAAUCUUAAAUCCUGCAGCAUUAAAAGGAAGAAAAACCCACCAAAACCCAAACAAAUUCACUUAUCUAAUGGGGUGUCAUCGCUUAGGGUAGGCUGAAAUAGAGAACUGGAACCCUUUGUACUACAUUUUUUACUGGAUAAUAUUGGCCUUAUUCAGUUAAACUAACAUUGUGCUCACCAGCUCAGCAAAGGUUAUGCAAAAUUAAUAGUGAUCACUCUUACUGCUGGGGAGCCUGCAGUGCAUCAUUUCUUUCUUAUAGUAAGUAACUCAGUAUAGUAGUUGUGUGAGUGAGUGAUUUAAUUCCUUCUGACCCCUCUGACUUCAGGAAACAACUUCAUAGAUGUCCUAGGGUAACAAAAUGAUUUAAUUUUGUUGCUUCUGUUCUUUAAUGCUGCAAACUGUCAGUAUCUAUAUAAAAAAAACCAAAACCCAACUGAUUUUGCACCAUGGUUUUGUUACUGUGACCAUACAAAAGGAAUCUACUAAAUAUUGCUCGAUGUUAUUAAAAUUGUAUUUAUCCAUCAUAUAGUAAUGCUAAGAUCACAACCAAGCAAACUUACGGAUUGGAGUCUGGGAGUGCAAAUUCUGCAUGGCUGAAUCCGAUUGCGAAUGCUAUAGAAAAUGUUUGUUGCUUCCUGUCCUCUUCCUAAUUAAAAUAUUCUGCAAUCAGCAAGAUGAAACUCCAAAGUGAUGUGUAAGCUGGUUUGAAAGCCUUCACAAUGGAAGUCAGAUAGCUCCAGUAAAUUGAGUUGUUUAAAAUUGCUCUUAACGUCGUAAUUGGUCUUAUAAAGGUUCUUAACGUGUCCUUUGCAAACCAAUUCAUUUUGCCUACAAAAAGGAAAAUAGCUUACUCUGAAGAUCACAGGCAAGCAGAAUUGGCCAUGAGAUGGUGUUAUAGUUCAGUACAAACAGUCUAUUACCUUUUGGUUUAUCAUAGCUGAGUGGAGGAGAACAUUAUUUGCCAAGUUACUCACCAUAACAUAUAAGGCUUCCUCUUUAGAAAAUGUAGACAUGCUAAAGAUUUAUAUACGUUAAGAAGUGAAAACAUUUGGACUGGGAUGGAGGUUACUCUAUAUUAGGCCUUGGAAACAAUGGCUAUGGUGACUUUUUUUAAUAUGUGGAAACAUUUGAAUGUUGGCUUUAGAGAAGAAGUUGUAUUUAAAUUACAGCUCAUCUGACGUGUUCGUAUUAAAAACCUAUUGUUCUGGAAGUGGUUGCUUAUCUGCUUGAAGGCUUAAGGUUAUUACUAAAAGGUAUUUUAAGUGCGAGCGGGUUUUGGGUUUUUGUUUUGUCUUCUUUUUUUCUUUUAAGUAAGAGAUGUAUACAAUUGUAAUUCUAUUUCCGUGGUAGCAUUUCAUUUCUCCUGAGGAAAAUGCGUUUUUAUCCAAAAAAUCUGGCUGGCCCCAUAAUUUAAAUUGAAAUAAAAUUUUGAAGAAAAA